AUGGAGUUCUUACAAUCUGAAGUCGAGAAUGAGGAACGGAUAUCGAUGGCAGUCACGGGUUUCGGCUUAAAUAACGAAAAUGAUAUGGCGAAGAAACAUAAGGCCAAGGUUGAUUUUAAUAAAAAUAUACCGUCUGCUACCGGUCUUUUAACGUUUAAAGCUGAGAAGAAAAUGUGUAUAUUUUGCGGUAACGAUCACGCGAGUGCGGAAUGCGAAAAGGCGCGUAAAAUGUCUUUUUCGGAAAGACAGGAUGUGACCAAGCAAAAGAAAGCUUGUUUUAAUUGUUUGAACAUGGGACAUAUAUACAAACGUUGUAGAGUGCCGGUCAAGUGCGCGUGGUGUAGCAGGCGACAUACGCUAUUGAUGUGUCCAGAGAUGUCGAAGGAUAAAACGCCACUCGAAAGUUCGUCGGGCAAGAAGGCAGAGACCGUCUGCGAACAGAAUCUGGCCAACUCGUCGUGCAGCCCAUCAGUGUAUCUAAUGACAUUGCGUGUGAAACUGAAAAAUGGGGAAAUAGAACGCAAUGUGCGCGUUAUUGUGGACACGGGUUCGCAAAAAUCAUAUAUAUUAAGAAGUGCCGCGAGUGAAAUUGGCUAUCGACCAAUAGACAAAGAGACAAUCACGCACUCUCUGUUCGGUGGAGUGAAGUCGGAACCGCGAGAGCAUAAUGUGUAUCUUAUUCACGCGAGUGCUGUGAACGGACGGUAUGCAUGUAGUUUUAAAGCCACAGACGAAGAAAAAAUCUGUGAUAAUGUUCCGUGUGUUGGCCGCGGACCAUGGCUGAGUGAGUUAAGAAGACUGAACAUCGAGCUCACAGAUGUCGAUAGUCAAGAGGAUCCGAUCACAAUACUAUUAGGAGCCGAUGUUGCAGGAAAAUUAAUUAGCGGGAAUCGUCGCAAUCUAAGCAGCGGGCUGGUGGCUGUCGAGACGUUCUUGGGUUGGACGCUUAUGGGGAAGGUCCCAGGAAGUGUCGUGCGUACAGAUUCAGCGCUGAUGAUUACGUCGAUGUUCGUACAAGAAGCAACUGUUCCCGAUCUCUGGAGUUUGGAUAUCCUUGGUAUCACCGAUCCGGCACAAAAGAAGACGAAAGAAGAAAAGGAUGCAACUGUGAUGAACGAUCUUCGGCAAACGAUAAAACUGACAAGCGAUGCGCGUUAUGAAGUGCAGUUGCCAUGGGCUGAAGAUCAUGCGCCUCUUCGUGAUAACAAGAGAUUGGCGCUGAAAAGACUAGAAGCUGUUAGAAGACGCUUACAGGCAGAAGACUAUUAUAAAGCCUAUGAUGCAGUUUUGAAAGAAUGGCUGGAAGAAGGGAUUAUCGAAAUAGUUCCGGACGCCGAAAUUGAAAAGUCCGCAUACUAUCUGCCUCAUAGACAUAUGGUGAAGCCGAAUAGUACUACAAAAGUGCGCCCAGUAUUUGAUGCGUCGGCGAAAGAAGGCAAUUAUCCGUCGUUAAAUCAGUGUUUAGAAAAGGGACCCAACAUGAUUGAACUAAUUCCGACAGUAUUGCUGAAUUUUCGAAGAAGUCGCAUCGGCGUUAUAUCCGAUAUAAAAAAGGCCUUUUUGCAGAUUGGCAUUCGAAACGAGGACAGAGAUUUUUUGCGUUUUCUAUGGUGGAAAAAUAACAAAACGGAUCAAAUAAUCGUGUACAGACACGCACGUGUUGUGUUCGGAGUCUCCAGUAGUCCGUUUAUUUUGGGAGCGGUUAUAGAAUUGCAUUUACAGACUAUUUUGGCACGUGAUCGACGAAUUGCUGGUUCAAGCAGGAGCAACAGUAUCCUGAAGCUGAUGAACAGUUUUUACGUGGAUAAUUGUGUCACCAGCGUGGACUCUAACGAAGAAUUGCAGGAAUUUAUGCACACCGCAACCUCGGUAAUGGCUGAAGGCAAAUUCGAGCUGCGAGGUUGGGAGUAUACGAGGGAUGACUCCUGUGGAUCUCCAACGCCAGUUUUGGGUAUGUUGUGGAAUAAGAUCGAAGAUACCUUGUCAUUGAAUCCGGCAGCGUUAGAGCAGAAUGAGACAAAGCAAAAGGUCAUCAUGAAGAAGACGAUCUUCUCUGCCGUUCACAGAGUGUUCGAUCCGAUUGGCUUUGCCUGCCCGGCGAUGUUGUGUCCUAAAUUGUUACUCCAGAAGGCAUGGGUGUCAGGCAUCGAUUGGGAUGCAGAGGUGAUUGAAGAAGUCAAAACGGAGUUUCUACGUUGGAUUAAAGAACUGCCGCUAUUGAAGGAAGUUGAAAUUCCUAGAGGAAUGUUAGCCGAACCGAUAAAUGAAGAUAGCCUUAGUAUUCACACAUUCUGCGACGCCAGUCAAAAUGCGUAUGCGGCGGUGGUUUUCGCGCGAACGGAAGGUCCUCUGGGAGUUGGAACUCAGCUGAUAGCGGCCAAGACAAGAGUAUCUCCAGUGAAGAAGGUGACAAUUCCACGUCUGGAAUUAGAGUCUCAAUGGAACACGUUUGUGUGGAAUCGUGUUCAAGAAGUAAGGAAACUCACUGAACCAAAGUUAUGGAGACAUGUUCCUGGAGGAAUGAAUCCAGCAGAUUUACCUUCCCGUGGAUCUACGGUGAAGCAGCUGAUCGCUUCGCGAUGGUGGGAGGGUCCAGAGUGGCUGCGACGUCCCGCAAAAGACUGGCCGUCGGGCGAAUUCGAAAUCAACGAGGAGGACAUCAAUGCAGAGAGGAAGAAGAUAUCCACGUCUUCAGUGAGCUGCGAUGAACGAGCUGGACUGUCGACGGAGCUGACUGUGAGUCAAGUUACCAGUGAGCGAAUGGAGCAAUUGGACUGGUAUGAGCGUUAUUUCUCCACGUAUCAUAAGAUUGUGAGAUUAGUCGGAUGGGAAGUUAGAGAAAUUGGAAUGCCGGAUUGCGAUGAUGUGAAUCGAUGCGAUAUUAAUAAGCGAUUGCGGUACAGACAAAUGUUAAGGGAAGACUUACGUCGGCGUUUCCGAUCGGAAUGUUUAGGGAAGUUAUCGUACGAAUCCAAAACGAGAAAUUUAGCGUCAGUUAUCGGUGUGGGUGACGUCGUAUUAGUCGGUAAUGACGAUCGGAAGCGCAUGGAUUGGCCUCUGGCAGGCGUAAUGGAAGUGAUUCGCGGAAAAGAUGGCAACGUACGACUUGUGCGAUUGAAGACUGCGCGUGAUAUAGAAAAGUAA